AUGCCGACUUCUACCCUAUCUAAAGGUGUUCCCACGGACGCUGCGAAUGACAGUUCAGAAUUACCAGAACAAUUCAGACCUAAGGUCAGAGUUGUAAACAAUAAGUCACGUGAUGCAGAAAUAUCAAAGCCAACUCCAAUGCCAGCACCUUUUAAGGUUGCGCUAGCUCUAUUUGAUGGGUUUAUGGAGCCUGAUAAGUUUGUUCAAUUGGUUGUGCUAGGUCUUAGCUCACAUCUUAUAUAUCUAAAAUAUGGAUCUGAGCAAUCUUCUAUCGAACAAGGUCCUAUGAUGCUAUCGGUGGUAGCAGCGUAUUUUGUGAACGUAUUUUUGACAGCCAGUUCUUCUGGCAUCGGUGAGGAAGCCCUUCCUCCUUUCAAUACCAUUUACUUAUUUUAUUUGCAGGCUGCCCUAUCAAUAUUAUUUGCCCCGGAAUACAUUCUAUUGAACACGGUGUUGGCAUUUUCUAUUAGUGAUUUAACAUUAAUACUAAAGAUCCCAUUACAGAUGGUAUUUUUGUUGUUGACGAACAAUGAGUCAUCUUUUGUCGAAAUCAGCGCCAAAGCUUUAGUGCUCAACUACUUUUUCAUUUAUGGCUUGUACCGGGCUUCCGAAUUGAAAUCUCUUGAUAAAAUGGAAUGCCACAUGUUCGCUAUUUUAUGCACCAAUAUUGUUCUUUUGUUUAAGUCCGAUUCUAUUCAUUUCCAAGUAAUGCGGGUUUGCUUCACAAGCUUUGUGAUAAUAGUCGUGAUUACCACUGCGUUAAGAUUGGUUCUUAAAAACUUGUCGUUGCAUCAAUCAGCUCGUACGAUUAUUCUACUUCCAAUUAUCAUAAUUGGUUUCCCAUAUUUCAUUCAGAAGAACUUAGCCAUUGAUGGCAUUGCACCAUUCACAUGGUUGCUUGAUUACAUUGGAUCUUCUGAGACAAGAAUGAGCAUUAUGAAAACAUGGUUAGGAUCAGCGCUUUUGUUGUUCCCUAGCGUUUUCACUUUAAAAUCCAAUUGGUCCUUAAAUACUUCAAGAAAAGUUUGGCAUUUUGCCGUACUACCCCUUUUAAUCCCAGCUAUCGUACUAGAUACCAAUUUCGUAAAAAUUGCCUUAGCUGGUACUGUCAAUCUUUUCUUGAUUGUGGAAUACAUUAGGUUCUUACACAUUUUCCCAAUUGGUGAUUAUUUGGAUAAACAUUUAAGAUCAUUCGCUGAUUUCAGAGAUGAGAAAGGUCCUAUCAUCAUAUCAUAUCUUUAUUUCAUUAUUGGCAUUUCUCUGCCCUUUUUGCUAAACGGAUCAGUCAUUGGAAUCGUCUCCUUGGGUGUUGGUGAUUCACUAGCAUCUAUUGUGGGUAAAAAAUUCGGGAAGCGUUACUGGCCAAAUAUGUCUAAAACCCUUGAAGGCACCACGGCAUUCAUAUUAUCUACUGUUGCCACAACUCUAUCCUUGAAGAUGUAUCUGAACUUUUUUCCUGAUAUUUCAUCCCCAAAUUUGGUUAUUGUGUGUUUCCUAGCAGGUAUCUUGGAAGGCAAUAGCACGUUGAAUGAUAAUUUAUUGGUACCAACUUUUAUGCUCAUUGCAUUAGAAGCAUUGAAAUAG